AAGAAAUAGCUUAUUCGUUUUUUUAAAAAAGGUUUUUUUCCGCUUUUACAAACGAACAACACGUUUGCUAGAGUCGUCUUCUCUAUAGCACUGUUAUGUUGAAAAAAUGAACCUUUCUACGUUACCGGUAAGUUUUUGUUGUUUUUUGUGUUUGUGUUCUUAUUAUGUGUAUGACGGUGACCCACUUAUUCUAAGACUUUCCCAGAAAAAAAAUAUUCCCACAUUUGAUUUUUACUGGUUCUUGACUAGCUUCAUUCGAAUCCACUUAAAAUUCACAGCGCAUCGUAACAAUCAGCAGAUUCUCAAUUUGAGCCUUUCAGCCAUGAAGUUAGCCAUUCUUUUCAUCACUGCAGCCACCGUCGCACUUGUGACACCCGCUGUCGUACCACCGGAAGACCAGGGUGAAGGGGACUCGGUCACGAUUAUCACAUUACCAGCUGACGUCGCAGCGGCGGCAACCAACGAUGGAGUCAACGGAAGCGAUGUGUUUGACGAGAAUGGUGAGAUUGAUGGGAUACCCAUCAAACUUCUGAGCAAGGACGAGAUCUACAGUAUCCUGCAGGAAGAUGAUAACUUGCUGAUAGCUCAACUAGGUGAGUGUCUGAUAACAUGGUGAGAGUCUAAGAAGUUGGGGAGUGUCUGAGGACAUGGUGAUAGUUCAACUUGGUAGGUGUCUGAUAACAUGGUGAGUGUCUGAUAACAUGGUGAGUGUCUGAUAACAGGGUGAGUGUAUGAUAACAUGGUGAGUGUCUGAUAACAUGGUGAUAGUUUAACUUGGUAAGUGUCUGAUAACAUGGUGAGUGUCUGAUAACAUGGUGAGUGUCAGAUAACAUGGUGAGUGUCUGAUAACAUGGCGAUAGUUCAACUUGGUAAGUGUCUGAUAACAUGGUGAGUGUCUAAUAACAUGGUGAGUGUCUGAUAAAAUGGUGAGUGUCUGAUAACAUGGUGAGUGUCUGAUAACAUGGUGAGUGUAUGAUAACAUGGUGAGUGUCUGUUAACAUGGUGAGUGUCUGAUAACAUGGUGAGUGUAUGAUAACAUGGUGAGUGUCUGUUAACAUGGUGAGUGUCUGAUAACAUGGUGAGUGUGCGAUUAAAUGGUGAGUGUCUGAUAACAUAGUGAGUGUCUGAUAAAAUGGUUAUAGUUCAAAUUGGUAAGUGUCUAAUAACAUGGUGAUAGUUCAACUUGGUAUGUGUCUGAUAACAUGGUGAUCGUUCAACUUGGUAAGUGUCUGAUAACAUGGUGAUAGUUCAACUUAGUAAGUGUCUGAUAACAUGGUGAGUGUCUGAUAACAUGGUGAUAAUUCAAUUUGGUAAGUGUAUGAUAACAUGGUGAGUGUCUGAUAACAUGGUGAGUGUCUGAUAACAUUGUGAUAGUUCAAUUUGGUAAGUGUCUGAUAACAUGGUGAUAGUUCAACAUGGUAAGUGUCUGAUAACAUGGCGAUAGUUCAACUUGGUAAGUGUCUGAUAACACGGUGAUAGUUCAACUUGGUAAGUGUCUGAUAAAAUUGAAAGUGUCUGAUAACAUGGUGAGUGUCUGAUAACAUGGUGAGUGUCUGAUAACAUGGUGAUAGUUCAACUUGGUAAGUGUCUGAUAACAUGAUGAUAGUUCAACUUGGUAAGUGUCUUAUAGCAUGGUUAGUGUCUGAUAACAUGGCGAUAGUUCAACUUGGUAAGCGUCUGAUACCAUGGUAAGUGUCUGAUAAUAUGGUGAUAGUUCAACUUGCUAAGUGUCUGAUAACAUGGUGAAAGUCUGAUAACAUGGUGAGUGUCUGAUGACAUUGUAAGUGUCUGAUAACAUGGUGAUAGUUCAACUUCUUAAGUGUCUGAUAACAUGGUGAUAGUUCAACUUCUUAAGUGUCUGAUAACAUGGUGAGUGUCUAAUAACAUGGUGAUAGUUCAACUUGGUAGGUGUCUGAUAACAUGGUGAGUGUCUGAUAACAUGAUGAGUGUCUGAUAACAUGGUGAUAGUUCAAUUUGGUAAGUGUCUGAUAACAUGGUAAGUGUCUGAUAACAUGGUGAGUGUCUGAUAACAUGGUGAAUGUCUAAUAACAUGGUGAAUGUCUGAUAACACGGUGAUAGUUCAACUUGGUAAGUGUCUGAUAACAUGGUGAGUGUAGAUUAGCAUGGUGAGUGUCUGAUAACAUGUUGAUAGUUCAACUUGGUAAGUUUCUGAUAACAUGGUGAGUGUCUGAUAACAUGGUGAGUGUCUGAUAACAUGGUGAGUGUCUGAUAAAAUGGUGAGUGUCUGAUAACAUGGUGAGUCUCUAAUAGCAUGGUGAUAGUUCAACUUGGUAAGUGUCUGAUAACAUGGUGAGUGUAUGAUAACAUGGUAAGUGUCUGAUAACAUGGUGAGUGUCUGAUAACAUGGUGAUAGUUCAACUUGGUAAGUGUCUGAUAACAUGGUGAUAGUUCAACUUGGUAAGUGUCUGAUAACAUGGUGAUAGUUCAACUUGGUAAGUGUCUGAUAACAUGGUGAUAGUUCAACUUGGUAAGUGUCUGAUAACAUGGUAAGUAUCUGAUAACAUGGUGAGUGUCUGAUAACAUAAUGACAGCUUAACUUGGUGAGUGUUAGAUACCAUGGUAAGUGUCUGAUAACAUGGUGAGUGUCUGAUAACUUGGUGACAGUUCAAAUGGUGGAUAUCUGAUAACAUGGUGAGUGUCUCAUAACAUGAUUAUAGCUCAGCUUGCUGAGCGUCUGAUAACUUAUUGAUAGACCAGCUUGGUGAGUGUCUGAUAACAUAGAGCGAAUCUGAUAGCAUGUUGAAUGUUUGAUAACCUGGUGAUAGCUAAACUUUGUGAGUGUCUCAAAACAUGGGGAUAGGUAGUUUAACUUGUUUGGGCGUCUGAUAACAUGGUGAAUGUCUGAUAACAUGGUAAUAGCUCAACUUGGUGAUUCUCUGAUAACUUGGUGAGUGUAUGAUAGCAUGGUGAUAGCUUAGCUUGCUGAGAGUCUGAUAUCUUGGUGAUAGUUCAACCUAGAUGUGGGUCUGAUAACUUGGUAAUAGCUGAACCUAGAUGUGGGUCUGAUAACUUGGUGAGUGUAUGAUAACAAUGUCCAACUUAGUGAGUUUCCGAGUUCUUUUUAACGUCUAGAUGACUAUAAUAUAUAAACCAUUACAAUUGCGUUGUGUCAAUAUUGCAGAUUUGUUAGUGAUCAAAAAAGUUGUCCAAGGUCGCAGGGAACCAACCAGACAGCCACAGGGACGAAAAAAGCGAUGGAGUCGUCCCCCUGACCACGAUUGCAUUGCCAUUCACCCACUUUUCGAGCUAUCGCUUGCUGGCCGUGUGACAACCAGUGGUUCUCAUGUUACCAGACAGUACGCCAGGUGAAAAUUGAAUAACUUUAAAAAAAUUCAAUCUCGCACUUGGUAAUUCUGGUCAGACGUCGGAUAUUUAUAGCAGACGUAGGGUAUUUAUAGCAGACGUAGGGUAUUUAUAGCAGACGUAGGGUAUUUAUCAUUUACAUUUAAGAUUUUUCGCUCGAUACACGGUGCAACGACUUAUAAACAUACGCACAUUAAUGCAGACUUUGUGAGUGUCUGAUAACAUGGUGAAAGUCAUUCUUUGUGAGUUUCGGAUAAACACAUUAAUAUAUAUUUAUACACACAUUGAUAGAUAUUUACAUACACAUUGAUAUAUAUUUAUACACUCAUUGAUAUAUAUUUAAACACACAUUUUAUAUAUGCAUGCAUACAUUUAUAUAUAUUUAUACACAUUUAUAUAUAUUUAUACACACAUUUAUCUCUAUAUAUAUUUAUACACACAUUUAUCUAUAUAUAUUUAUACACACAUUGAUAUAUUUAUUUAUAAACACAUUUAUAUAUAUAUUUAUACACACAUUGAUAUAAUAAUAAUAAUAAUAAUAAUAAAAUUUAUUUAAAAAAAUACGCUUCAUCCCCAAAGGCUCGAAGCGCGGUACAAAGUCAACAAAAAACAAAUCUAUAAUUUACCACAUUUAAAACAAACGCAACACUGCAAAAACUAAUUACAAGCAUACCAUGUCAAAGUCUUUCUACCCAUUUCAACCUUGAGCAACACAGCUAAUAUGCAUUAACUGGAAGAUAUGGUAGACAAUCAUCCCAGAAGGUGUUUGCGAAACAGAUCUGUCUUUAAAUCGGUUUUAAAGGACUCCAGUUCCAAAUUGUUUGACCAGCAAAUGCGAUAUAUAAAUAUAUAUUAAUACACCCAUUUAUAUAUAUAUAUUUAUACACACAAAUAAUUUUUCUCAUUAAUACACACGUUUACAAAAAAAGUAAUUUUUAUAUAUAUGGCAAAACUCUUUAAAAAGUUAACUCCAGUUUAACAUGUAGUCCUUGCCUUCACAGACCAGGUAACUACAAGGAUGCCGUCAGAGACUUUAACAGAUUUUUACCCGACGGUGCGCGCACAUUUUACGGUGCGAAUGGCAUCAGUGGACAAACAGGCACCGUCGGCAACCACAGAGUUACCGUCCGUAAUGGCAGAAGUAACGAAAGUCCUACCCUGGAGAUCAGAUCUCCCAAAACUAAUGGAGAUUUCGUGAGAACGUUCACAUAUGAAGAGUAAGUUCAUUUGUUUUUCUUUUGAAAGUAAAACUAUAACUUGUAUGAGCGAUUAGUCACAAAAUGUAUUAUUGAAUGGGCGACAUUUGUAUGAGUGAUUCAAAAAUAGUAAUACUUAUAUUAAAAAAGAUGUAUAAGGAAUUAGUUUAGUUUUUAUCCAGAAAAAAUUGUCAUGUAUGUGCCAAAUGCAAAUAUCAAUGUUUUCAUGUAUGUGCCAAGUGCGAAUGUCAACCAUUUCACGUAUGUGCCGAUUUCAAUCAUUUCAUGCCUGUGCCAAUACCUACUCUAGCAUGAUGUAAAUAUUUUUUAAAAAUUAUAUAUAGUCCUUACCUUCGGAGACAAGGUAACUACUAUGAUGUCCUCCGAAACUACCCCUUGAUUUGACCAGACGGUGCGCACACUUGACGGUGUGAAUGGCAUCAGUGGACGAACAGGAACCAUUGGCAGCCACAGAGUUACCUUCCGUAAUAGUAGCGGUAACAGAAGUCCUACUUUGGAGAUCAGAUCACUCACACUCAAUGGAGAAUUCUUUAGAAAAUUUAGAUAUGAACAAUAAGUUCCUUUGUUUUGUUGUUGAACGUAUAACAUAGACUUGUAUGUGCCAAUAUUUAUUCUAGCACGAUGUAAAUAAAUUUUGUUUUAAUUAAAGUGUUUUUUUUUUAAAAUG